AUGGCCGACGGGCUGGAUCGGUGGCGCGACUUCUUCCGUGGCGCCGGCGCCGGCAUCUGCGACGUGAUCGAGAACGCCAUCCUCGUGGCGGCGGCCGACGCGCCGCGGGAGCUCCUGCACCGCCGCGACCACAUCGCCGAGAGGCUCUUCACCACGCUCCGCCGCGACGCGGCGCCGCCGGCGCCGCCGUCCUUCGUCAGCGCCGCGGCGUCCACCACCCCGGCCACUCCCGUCGAGGAGGACAAGGGCAGCGUGCGCCGCAUCGCCGAGAAGGAGUGCAAGGUCGACAGCAGCAGCAACGGUGCCCACGGCGGCGGCCAUGGCCACGGCGAUGAGGAUGAUGACUCUGACUCCGACGACGAGCGCCUCCGCCGCGCCGCGGCGAGCAACUACGGCCACAGUUACGAUGAUGAUGAUGACGAAGACGACGACCAACAGCAGGAAGAUGAGCAGCAGCACGCCUCGGAUCAUAAUACGGAAGAAGGGGAAGAAGACGACGAGGCUGGGGAGCUUGAGGCGCUCACCAAUGAGAUCGAUGAGGAGUCACAGAUCGUCGGCGAGGUCAUCCGCAUCAAGGAACACCUCUUGCACAAGGAAGACCAUUCGGAUGCCACUUUGUUCGAAUCACUGAGGAGGCUGCAGUUGAUGCAAUUGUCUGUCUCUACGCUAAAGGCUACUGAGAUCGGAAGAGCUGUUAAUCGGCUAUGGAAACACAACUCACAAGAGAUUCGGCACCUCGUGCACACUCUCAUUGAAGGUUGGAAAGUCUUGGUUGAUGAAUGGGUCAGUACUACAAAUGCUGCCCUGGCAGAGAACUCCCCUGGCUCUUCAAAUCCUUCUGUUGUGGAUGAAGAAGAAGAAGAAGGGCUUCCUUCUCCACCUUUAGACGAAGGGGCCUUCUUUGCUCCCCAGACCACUUCUAUUCAACUCUCUGAGUUCUUUGAUGAAAUGGAUGAAGAUGGAAAUUUGAGACAUAAUAAUGAGUCGAGUCUUGGAAGCAAGAGGGGUAAUAAUGGUGGGAGACUUGCAAACCAUUCAGCAGUUGCAAGGCAAGAGCCUCCUCGUUCUUCUCCUGGUGUUGUCGAAAAAGUUCAAUCCAGGAGGCCAGAAUUAGCAAGACAAGAGCCACCAAUGAGGCAAGCAAACCCACAAAAACCCCAAAGUUCAAGUUUGCAAGCCAAACUUCAUGGCAUGCUCAACAAGCAAUCUAAUCCCUCAAGCUCUGAAUCUGGGCCGGGGAGACCAUUAAAGGCAGCUUCUCAGCAGAGACCAUUUGGUGACAUGAAACCUAAACAGACUCGAGAGCACAUUGCAAUUGAAAGAAAACCCAUGGCAAGCCAGAUGGAUAAAUCAAGGCUUGGCACUCAAUCUUCGGCAGGAGCCAAGCUAGAGUUGGCAAAGCCAAAGGUUUAUGAUGAUGGUUUGGAUAAUAACAGGAAGUUGGAAGCAGCAAAGCGAAGGCUCCAGGAGCGUUACCAGGAAGCAGAGAAUGCCAAAAGGCAACGCACAAUACAAGUAAUGGAGCUGGGUGACAUACCAAAGCCCAAGCAUCAAAACAGACAACCGAUGGUGAAGUCCAGGAAUAACCUUAGGAAUUGGGCGAACGGGAGGCGCUAA